GCCCAACGCAACACAUCGCAAACAACGCAAUUUCACUGACGCAACGGCCUCUUCUUUAAUCCGCGAUAGGCAUGGCUGAAAUGGUCACAUACCUACCCAUAUCAUCUCCAUUCAUCCGAUUCGCAGGGCGAUUUGUCGACGAAGCAUUUGGAGUUGCAGCGGGAUACAACUUCUUCGUAUUUGAAGCGGCUCUUGUCCCAUUCGAGAUUGUGGCGUGCAACAUUAUUAUCAAUUUCUGGAGUGACGCCGUACCCGUGGGCGGCAUCAUUGCCAUUGUCAUUGUCUUAUACGCACUCAUCAAUAUCUUCGCUGUCCACUGGUACGGCGAAUCCGAAUUCUGGCUGUCUCUAGGCAAAGUCAUCCUCAUCAUCGGCCUGAUCUUAUACACCAUUGUCACCAUGCUCGGCGGGAAUCCGCUCCACGACCGCUUCGGGUUCCGGUACUGGAAAGAUCCAGGCGCUUUUGCUGAAUAUUACAAGACUGGAGACCUAGGCCGUUUUUUAGGAUUCCUGCAAUGCUUGAUUCUGGCUUCUUUUACCAUCAGUGGUUGCGACUAUGUCAGCAUGGCGGCAGGAGAAGCAGAAAACCCUCGCGCCGUGAUGCCAAAAGCCUACAACGUCGUGUUUUACCGCCUGACUGCCUUUUUCGCGCUGGGCUCUCUCUGCGUCGGGAUCAACGUGCCCUACAACGACCCAGAGCUGAUCGAUGCAUUCUCCAAGAACUUGCCCGGCGCAGCGGCCUCGCCGUAUGUCGUUGCGAUGCGCCGACUACAGAUUGGCGUUCUUCCGGAUAUCGUCAAUGCGGUUGUCUUGACGUCUGCGUUUUCCGCGGGGAACAGCUACGUCUAUUGCGCGAGCCGCAGUCUCUAUGGCCUCGCGCUCGAAGGCAAAGCGCCGAGGUUUCUGGCAAAAUGUACAAAAAAGGGCGUUCCCAUAUACUGUGUCGUCGUCGUGCUGGCGAUUUCGUUGCUCUCGUUUCUGCAGGUCUCGAAUGGCGCCUCGGUCGUGCUGCAGUGGUUUGUCAAUUUGGUCACUGCCUCACAGCUGCUCAACUUCUCCGUCAUGGCAUUUACCUUUCUUCGAUUCAAACGCGCGUGUGAAGUGCAGGGUCUCUCGCGAGAUUCGCUGCCCCACAAGGGCUGGUGGCAGCCAUAUGCGGCGUACUAUGGUCUGGCGGGAUGUCUGACUAUGGCUUUUGUCGGGGGUUAUACCGUCUUCCUUCCUGGAAAUUGGGACGUGCCUACAUUCUUCUUUUCGUAUACCAUGAUUGGCGUUUUCCCAAUUAUUUUUAUUUUCUGGAAAAUAUACAAAAAGACGACGUGGCUCAAGCCAGAGGAAGUGGACUUGUUCAAGGACCUUGACGAAAUAGAAGAGUAUACGCGGAAUUACGUUCCGAGACCUGCGAGGAACGUCUUUGUAAAAUACAUGGACAAGCUCUUCGACUAA